UUUGUUCCAGCAAUUUGUGCAAGCUGAAGGUAACUUUACAGGUAAGGGUUGUUUCAUAUCCUGUCUCCCUAAGUCUGCAUCAGGCUAAACAGCGGGGCCCUGCGGUCACAGUUAUUGACAACAGAAGCCAGCUUCAAUCACACUGAUGCAUCGGUGGCGCGAGGCUGCGACUGAGGACUGCAGCCCAUUGCUGCUCAUCGACGAGGAAAUUGUAGCGGACCAGAGGAGAAAAAGAAAGGUGUGGAGAGGAAGAUUGCUACAAGAAGUGCUGCGCAGCACGCCGCAGUCAGCAGAGCUUUGCAGCAAGCAGACGGACCGCAGUCAGCCAACAGUCAGCAGCUCCUCGACUGCAGCGCCUGCACAAGAUGACGACGACGACGACGACAGGAUGGAGGCCAGUCCUCACGGCAGUUGUCUCCAUCAUUCUGUGUGUUAGUGCCAGGGAAUCAACGGCAUACCCAGAACCUCCACCUGUAGGAAAUUCAUACCGGAAGUGGAAUGAGAGCUCGGAGGCUAUGACUUAUUCGUGUAUAGAGACCUACACACUGGUCAGUAGUGAACAGAACUAUUUCCCAGGAAACGGAAGUUAUGUGAGAACCUGGAACUCCACCACUGGAAAGUUCAACGAGGAUCCACCUGUGUGCAUGCUUAAUUGCGGAAGUCCGCGUGAUGAAACGGGGACGAGGGUAAAUUACACCACCAGCAACAGCCUCGACACAGCCUCGUAUCAGUGCAAUGCUGACUACGAGACAGAGACUCAGACCCCGAAUAUCACCUGCAACGAGGAGCUAGGCAUGUGGAGCCAGUCCACCCUCCAUUGUUGCGCUAACAAAACCUACCCAGUCAGCAACACCACACGACUGUUGCCACCCUCAGACAGCAACAACGACCCUGAGAACGCCAUCGACUCCUCGCUAGACACCUAUGUGACCUUAACCGAUAACAUGAAGUGGCUCGUCAACCUUUCCUCGGACGGGUCAUGGGUCGAGGUUAUGAGAGUGACCCUGACACUCAGACUGAGCACCCAAGAAACUCCCUACCCUUGUCUCUUGACGAGUUCAGGGGUGGAGAACUCCAGAAACAUUUCUGACAGCUCCUAUAAGAAGCCAUGCCAAGCCUGGGAUCUGUGCAACAACUGCAGCAACACCACCAACUACUUUCCUGUCGACAACGGCCUAACGGCUGCCGCCAACUUCUGUGACAACCUUCGCCGGAGAGACAGCAACUGGUGUGACCUCGUACCCUGGGGCCUGACUCCAACGGACAGGCGAGACAACUGUUCUCUGCCUGAUUGUGUGAACAUCAACUUGAGGACUCCGUACAUCAACCAGAAAGGCGCUCCCACAAGUAACACCUGCGCUGCCCGCUACUACAUUGUAGAUGCCUACAACUCCACGGAGAUGAAGGUGAACUGUGAGAGACCAAACGACCGACCUUCCUUUGGCCACGCGCUGGAGAUCGAGGUCGACAUCUUGCCGCCCAACGUUUCUUUACACCUGAUGCAUGUGGAGGUCUGCGGGCGGGACUACACAGGUGGGUGUGGCCGGCCCCUGGGGUACUGGGGACUGGAGACUGUCAACAGGAGUGAAGACUCGAUACGGUACACUGAGGUGACAUAUCGUUGUCGUGACGACUGGCAUCACAUGGGAGGACCACUAGUCUCCUCGUGUCUGGAACAUCGCCAGUGGACCGAGCCUGACCUGUCCCAGUGCACAGACCUGCCUAACCUGGCAGAGGAUGCCAAGCAAAACGACAGUGGGAGUGCAGGAAUUCAAAGCACAGGUGAUGGGUGUUAUUUGAUGUCAUCGACGUGCACUCUGACCCUGCUUCUCAACCGGUCGGUGGAGGUCGCUGCCGUUGUUUUCACCUUGACAAACUCGACAAACAUUAAUGUAACCACAAAUGUGGACGUCCUUCGUCUCUCCAGAGAGUGGGUCUGCAAAAAGGUACUCGACCCUCGACCAACCGCCCACUUCUCUUGCCCACAGAGGCCGUUCGGCGACAAAGUCCGAAUUCGUUUUUCCCCACCUGGAGCAGUGGUCGAUGGUGUCGACAUUACAGUCUGCAACUUCACAGUCUGCAACAUCAAAGUCUUCGGUCGUGACAGUGUUUCUGCUGUCGAAUGCUUACAGACAGACAAAGGCUACGAUUACAAAGGACACCUGAACAUCACUGUUUCUGGUCGAAGUUGCCAUGCGUGGAACGAGUUGUCACCCGAAAAGCACAACUACACCAGUCCCAGUUAUUUCCCAGACAUCUCCUUGGACAGCGUGGGCAACAACUGCCGCAACCCCAACAGGUCCAGAGAGAAGCCCUGGUGCUUCACAACGGAUCCCAGUGUGGAGUGGGAAUACUGUCCCCUCCUACCUUGUGACGACAUUUGCAGGCUCCGCGAGGACGGCGCCACCUACACUGGUGACAUCGCCUUCACCAAGACGGGCAACUCUUGUGUGAGUCAGCUGCGGUGGACAGACCAGAGCUCCAGGCAAAGGUUCAUGAGGCACCACUACUACAGACAGCCUGGCUACGCCAAAUGCCGCAACCCCAUCGCCUCGCAGGCGGCUCCCUGGUGCUACACCAACAACGGCCAGCCCGAGCUUUGCGACAUCCCCACCUGCCCCUUGGUGGGUGACCUAAAGAUGGUGUUUCUAGGUCCCGUCGUGACGGAGGCCAGCCUUGCAGAAUACAUUGUACCAUGGAAACAGAAAGUCAGAGAGUGUUUUCAGUGGUCACAGAAUUCAUUUCCGAAUCCGCCCGAUCGCUUCGACUAUUUAACUGGACCGUUUCAGAUCUCGAAGCCAUGCUCAGGUUACCAUUCACCCCUUGGAGUUUUGUGUGACCUCGUGGGGGACAACAGCACAAGAUGGAUGUACUUUUGGUUCAACUGCUCUGCACCCGAAUCCCAUCCAGUCUGCGAAUGCACCUGUGACAACAAGAGCAAACCUGUUGGACACCCACAGGAAUUCAAGGACGACCUGCUGGUUGACACAAGCACCUUGUCGGCAACCGUUAGAAAGAAGACAUGUGCCCGCGAUGACAGACCGUCCGCCAUUACUGCAGGCACCUUUGGCGUCGUGUUUCUCGUCAGCACCAUCGUCGUCCUCUCGGCGGGGGACAUCAUCACCAUUGUCCGCUGUCUUUCCCGAUACCUCAGGCGUGUCGCCAAGAAAUCCAGAAAACCGUCUGGAAACCGAUGACCUUACAUGAGAGACUACAGUGAGCUUCUCGUAUUGAUGAUGGAGGCCUAUUUCACCUGUACACCUUGAUCAACAUCAAGCUUUGUUUCGAAAGAUUUCAAUCUUCUUUUAAAUUUCUUUAUGCAAGGGAUACCAUUCCUUCUAUCCUUCUCCUAGAAGCAGCAGUUGACUGGUGUAAUACUUCUUGUUACAUGAACUAAAAACUGACCUUUCUAACCUGACCACAUAAGCGUGCAGUUAACAAGUUGUUUUAGAUGUAACAAAUGUUUGUAAAAGUUUGAUCAAACCAUGCUGAAGUGCCUGUAUACAAGUGUUUGCACGUGCCCCAUCGUGUGUGUGUGUGUGGUACAUGUUUGUGGACCUAUUCUGCUCAGGAUAUAUCUGCAACAUCCUCGAUUCAGCGCAUGCAAAUCAUCUUCUUGCUCGGGCGCCACACUAUCUUCGGUGGUUGGUUGAUUAAUUAGGAAAGUGCUUCCACCUUGAGGUGAUUUUGAACUGAGGGGAAAAACCAGACGCCCAGCCGUGCGAACAGGUAUCAACAUACAGAGUGUCCCGAGACGGGAUCUGAACCCAAAGACCUCUCACUGCAAAGGUGGCAAGCGAGUGGUUAACCACUAAGCUACCUAGCAUUCAGGUCGACUGACAACCUGUCAAGUUGCUCUUUGAUUCUUGCUGCUGGAUGUGAUGAUGAACUGAUGUGGUCAGAUGUGGCUCUCACCAUCGCUCGGAUUGUUUCGUUUUGAGUCUUUUUAGCUGCAGGUCUGAUGGGAGGUCGAUCAUUUCUCAUGUUGAUAUUUUUCUUAUUGCUACUGUUAUUUUUCCUAGGCCUUAGUUUCACGGCCUGACACUGAUAUUUUAGGAUGUAUAAAUACUGCGUUGAAUUGUUUAUGUUGUGCCUUAGUCAUCACCGGAUGGUAAAGCGUCUGAGUGCAGCAGAGUAGUAUCUGACAGUAUCUGCCUUCUGAUUUCUCUCUCUCUCUCGUGUCCUCCUCUGUAAUAAUGUUGUCCGGAUACUAGAACCAUUGUUUGAGUGGCAUGCUAUUGAUGCUGAUGUCCAAAGUGCCUGGUGUUAUACUGUUAUAACAUUUGUCUGUUCUGUCUUAUGACACGCACGCCCUGUUUAGACUGUUCACGUGCUCCUACAACUUCUGUCCGUCUUCACUUAUCCGCAAAUUGUAUCUCGGGGUCGGGGUUUGCUUUUGUAAUGAUUUGCUCCAUGUAGACGAUGAAAAGAAGAUCCCUGACAUAAAGGCUAUGUAGGCAGACAAGAAUUGUCAAACCCAGCUAGGUAACCUUACCUGAUCGCCCUCACAGACAGUUUUGGGGGACAUUUUGAGGUUCUGAUCAGAGUACCAUCGGCUUAUUUGUUGCCAACAAGUUUAUCGUCCAGUGCAAGAGCUGUGUUAUAUCGACAGUUAUUUAGGUGUGCACUUUGAAAAUGGUUUUAAUUCUUUCUUCUCGUGUUUUUUACAUUACAAAUUUUAAUAAAAUGUUAAACAAUUAAUUAGUACAUUUUGUUUUUCUUUUUCGUGUUAAUGUUCCUCAUCAUUAUCAACGCAGCAUCCUUGCAGUAGCAGUAAUCAUUAUUCCAAAUAUUGAAAAAUCCAGAACACUGUGUGGUAUACAUCUUAUAAGAGUGUGAACGGAAUCGCAUGGCGCAGUUAUGAAGUUUUGUGUUUGAUUUUUAUGCGGGGCAAAGGGAUAGUUUUAUAUUAGGGGUGGGGAAAAAGUUGGGGUUUUUUUUGCGGGACUGUCUCAAAAGAAUAAAAUCAAAUGCAGAAAACACAAGGAGGAACCAAAUAACAAGAACAAGAGCUGAGAUUAACAUAUAUAUAUAUAUGUUAUUGCAUGAUAAUGUCGUUCACUGACAGAAUUUUUUGUGUAAAGUGAAGCUUUUUGAAUUAGCUCACAAUAAAACUUUAAAACCAGCCUUUCCUUUGAAGACAGCUGCCCCCGAUGCUCUCUAUAACUACAGCACUAGACAUAUAUAUACAGUGUAUAUGUAACCCGUUGUCAUGUGAUAACUAGAAUAUGGCUGUGGUGUUGGUGUGUCAGUUCCGUUCCCUUCACGACACAGGUCGCCUUGUUGAUGGACACGGUCACGGCCCAGGGUCGGGGUCAGGGGGUUGAUGAAGGGUUAGUGGUAUAGCGCAGUAGCCAGUAGUUUCCAUAGUAUGAGAGCGAUAGCCUACCAAGGUAGGUAGGUGAUGAGUGAUCGGUUGAAAUAAUAGGUGGGCGACGAGUGUACCUUCUAUUGCCUUCCGCUGGAUAGGUAGGUGGUGAGUGAUCGGUUCAAAGAAUAGGAAGACAAACGGGAUGGCGCGUAGUUAUUAGUGAGAGGGGGUAAAGAGUGGGGGGGGGCUAGUUUGGGCUGGAAUAAGUCAAAGUGACCACCUGUCUAUAUAUCAUGUCUACGGAGUGAUUGGAUGUAGCUAGGUAGCAGAGGUGUGGAGGACCCGCUCUGUCGCAGAGUGUACGACGCUUCAUCUCCAGUAUCUGUGUGGUCGCAAACAGUAGAGGCAAGGAUGGUAGAUAAGUGUCGGUCCUGUUAGGCGCUGUUAAGCUUGAGACAGCAGUCCGGACAUGAGAGGUACAGGUAGGCACGCGGUGGUGCCAGGAUCUCUGCGCUUGUGGAGGGAGGCCGACUCGAAAGACGGAGAACAUCAGCGGAUUCUAGGAAGUCGAUCAAGAGGGCCCUCACGUGACUAUAGAGACUUGUGUGAAGAGAUAUAAGUGGCGUGUGCAUGUACUUGUGUGUAUCAGCCAAACUAUAAUUAGUGGCUCACGUUACCUAGGCUAGAAAUAAAUGAUAACGGGACACCCUAGAUAACGGCCAUAUUUUGAAUUGUAUCAUUUUGUAAAUUGUGGAAAUACUCUUGAUUAUUAAUAACGUUCUGAAAUACACUAAAUUGCCUUGUGUUGUUUAUUGGGGAUACGCUGGGGGCUCUUGAGUCAAAGGGUAACUAUAGCAAUUUAGAGUAAGUGUGCGUGUACACGUUUAUGUCGGCGCGAGUUGGUAGAAGUGUCAAGAGUGUGAACAGCCCGAGGCAGCGAGAAUCGCAACCUCUGACCACCUUCGCGCGCUCAUUCCCCGGAGUUCACGACACCCGUAUUUGUUAUAUAUAUUUAAUUGUUAUCUUUGUACUUUGUGUUAGAAUGUUACAGACUGCCAAUUUAUAAUGCUUGUACUUGAUCAAUUAAAUUUGAAUCAAAUGCUGAAUAAAAAAAAAAUGAAAACAAGUGCACUUCACAUUUUGGCAGUCCAAAGAAAUCCGCGGGCAAGCCGUACUCGUUUAUAUGCAUGCAUGAAAACCGAACAAUGAGAGGAAUCACUAUAGUUGUGCGUUUUCUUACGGUCAUGUACCUCCAAAAAUUAUAUCAAGACUCUAAUUUAAUGUAUUUGAAUAAGAAUUAUUAGUGUAGAGUGAUACACGUUCGUAAUAUUAGUGCU